AUGCCAGGCAAGAGCGGUAAACAAGACCCAAAGGAGAAAAAGGCAGAUGACAGAGAUGUGUCGACAUUCAAGCCAGCCCACAUAAAAAGAAUAGUAAAGGUGCUUACUAAGAUGAGAGUCAGCAAAGACACACUGAGGGCAGUGUCCUCCGCCAUCACUUACAUUCUUCUCGAAAUCCUCGAUGGAGGAAAGAGCUGUUGUGUCAACGAAGGCAAGAAGAAGAUGUCACCUAGACACAUUAACUCUGCCAUCACCUCUGAUUCUGAGUUGUCCAGUCUUCUCAAGAACUAUGUAAUCCAGUCAGGGGGAAGCAGACAGUUCUCUCUUCCUGAAGUCACCAGAAAGAAUUAA